UCCAGUUAUGCUGCAGCCUGCAUGUCCAGUGCAAACAUCAGAUAUCGGUCUAUUCUUGCAAACCAAUUGCAAAUGUGUUUCUCAUUCGUGAUUAGAAUUCUAGCUCCAUUUGUUCACGACUUGUGGUGGGAUUAGUGCGUUGGCAGGAUUCACGUACAGUAUUGUAAAAAUGACGAAGAAAGGUGGCUCGCUCGAACCCUCUCGCACGCUGCAAGUUUCGUCUGCCCCUAAGGUUCGCAACAUGACACCGUCGGCGGAGCGUCGGCGCGCCAUGGGGCGGCACGAGGGGCACGAGCACCACAAGGCGCGCCACGCGCACGACACGCUCUGGAAGCAGCCCGGCGAGCGCGGGAGCUACACCGCGGCGACCCUCGUGGUGGCGGGAAUCGUGGCCGUGCUGCUCGCCGCCGCGCUCUUCAGCGCGCGGCAACUCAUGACGAUGCAGGAAUAGACGGCGGAGUGAACAACACGAGAGUCGCCGCGUUCUUCGGCGCGCGGAAGCUCAUUAUGAUGCAGAGCAGGGCUAAAUGACGGAGUGAAUGGCACGAGGGCCUAGGGCCGCUGCCUUCUUUGGCCCGCGGGAGUCCAUCGUGAGUCAGGAUGCGGGAACGAAUGGCAGUUCCGACCGUCGCAGUUCACGCACAGGUCAAACUGCCCGAGGGGGUGAACCGUGUGAAAGGAUUCCUCUCUCAUAUCAAGAGGUUCAAGCAUGGGUGGAGCGCUGGGCGGGGGAAGGGGAGGAGAUUCAACCCAUUUCAAGUGCUCAAGUAGUUGCUUGGUAGAGUCAAUACAGUGACAGGGUGGACAGGGCCAGGUGGGAGUUGCAAAGUCCAUGCUCCAACUUUUCUUGGAGCUGUUGACAGUUGCACAAUGUAGUUAGGAUGGACCAUACAUCAGUUGCGCUCUUGGAUGUGUUGCUCUUGUUCUCUCCAGCUAAGGAUGGACCUCUGGUCCUCUGCUCAUGUAGGUACUGGGUUGUGUAAGGAACCUGCUAUUGCUUCCGUUCCCUGGCUUGUGCUUGGGGAAUCUAUACAUUGCCC